AUGGAAGCCUGGCUUGCAGUUUACCAGAAUCCGGUGACUCGCGAGGAUAUCAUGCUGUCGACCUACAACGCUUUUCUGAAACUCGGAUUUUUCCUGAUAUUUUCAACCCACAUGUUAACGGUAUCGUGUCAAAAUUCCCCAGGUGUUUUGGACAAGAUAAAAACGGGACUAGAAUACGCCAGCAAUUACAUAGAAACCGCCAAAGAAAUAGCCGAUCUAGUUUCGGAGAGCUUGGGACAAAGAAAUCAAAAACGUGGCGACAGCGGUUCACCCGAUUUCGACGUUUUGAAAAAUAAAAAACAACCGUCGUUGCCUCAGGGUUUGGCGAGCGCAUUUUUCAGGCUUCUGGGACUGGAUUCACCGAAACUGAACGCCAUAGCUGUGAACAGCGCGAUAUUCCUCGCCCAAAUGAUAAGCACCGCCUUUAAUUUGAAACCAGUGAAAAUCGAGAAAUCCCGAAGCAUGGACUCCGGUUCGGAAUCAUCCGCAAAUACAGAAACGGACGAGGAAAAUGGGAAAUGGGCGCAAGGUCCCAUUCGACUUAUUCUUGGCUCUAAAAACCAUCGGAUUCAACGCCUCGUAGAAGAGGCUCGUGACUCGAAUCUACCGAAUAAUUUGAUGAAUCGUCUGGACGGACCGGACACCGAAUGUAUUCGUCUCUUGGUCUGUAAAGCAUCUCCGAUUAUUUGGGCCGCCCAACGUUCUCUCGGCAGCGAUAAUGACAAUGAAAAUAUUAACAACACCACAAGUAGCGGACGCGCGAAAUGGGAUAUGACGUCGUGGUUACCGACCGUGAAUGAAUUCCAGGCGAACGGAGACAAGUGCGAAGGAAAUCACAACGGUUGUUUGUUGUUCAAAUAA